AGCGGGGCAAGACGCAUUUUUUAUUCGCAUUAAAAUAUUUAAAGAUCUCGCCUGAAAAUUCUAAAGUUUUAAACAAAUAAAUAUCAAAAAGUAGGGUAAUAAAUUUAUAAUAUAUAAAAAAUAUGUUUGUAACACAUCAUUUGUUCUCAACUUCAUAAGGAAUAAGCUCUUUAAAGUUGGUUUUCGGUAAAUACGAAUGAAAACAGCAAAUUCAGUAAAUUAACAAUGGAUGUUAACGACAACUUAAAUCAUCCUGAAAAGUUAAUUUCCUCGGAUGAUGCAGCAGAAAGUGGACAUUUAAACAGCAGUUGCGGAAUUCAAGAUGAAGAUUUAAUUAAUCAUGAGGAGCUAAGUUCUAUUGAUAUCAGUGAGGCAUGUAGGAAUCCAGUUCAAGGCAUUGAAAAGCUUACAGAAGAGCAUGAUCAAGUCAGUGAAACGUUUACCGAAGAGUAUGAUCAAGCUAGUGAAACGCUUACAGAAGAGCUCAAUCAAGUUAGUGAAACACUUUCAGAAGAGCAUAAUCAAGCUAAUGAAACGCUGACAGAUGAGAAUAAUCAAGCUAGUGAAACGCUGAUAGAUGAGCUUAAUCAAGAUAGUGAAACGCUUUCAGAAGAGAAUAAUCAAGCUAGUGAAACACUGGCAGAAGAGCUUAAUCAAACUAGUGAAAUACUUUUAGAAGAGCCUCAUCAAGUUAGUGAAACGCUUUCAGAAGAGCCUAAUCAAGCUAGUGAAACGCUGACAGAUGACCUUAAUCAAACUAGUGAAAUACUGACAGAUGAGCUUAAUCAAGUCAUUCAACAAGAUUCUGUACACGAAAAUAAUAUCGAUAAGAAAAUAAAUAAUGACUUGAUUAACUCUUUCCAAGAUACUGAAGAAGAUAAAAAUACAUCAACAGACGAUAAAGGGAAUGAAAAUUUGUCCAUAGAAAUCGAAGCUCAAAAUCAAUCUCAAAAUGUUUGUUCUGAAAUAUUUAAUUGUUGUGAGAAAAUUGAAGACCUUAAAGAUUCUUUUGACGAAGAUGAAACAUCUGCUCAUCUCAAACUUGAUUUAGAUGUGGAAAUAUUGAGAAAUUCUAAACAACAAGAAAGUGAUAAUUUUCAAAUAAUUGAAGCGAAAGGAAAUAUUUCUAUGGAAUUUGAACUCUCAGAUAGUGAAGUCAGACGAGACAUCAAUGCACCACAUGAUGUUGAAAUAGAUUCUGAACAUGACAAAAAUACAACUGAAAUUAAUGAAUCUUCAAAUGUCUCUUGUGAGGAAAAAAUCACUGAAGAGUUGAUCGAAGAAAAUAAAUCUUCGGAUAUAUUCUGUGAGGAAAAAAUCACUCAAGAGUUGAUGGAAGAAGAAUCUUUGAAUCAAUUAAGUACAAAAUAUAUUCAAACUGGUAUCAAAAACUUUCUUGGUGAAUGUUCAACUGAGGAUGUCAGUGAUCAAGAAGAACCAUUGAAAAAGUUGAGAAGAACAUCAGAAAGUAAUUCAUUGAAGAAACUUUCAAUUGUUGAUUCUUUGUUAGAUAAAAUGCGUCAAACAAAUUCUGAUAGUUCGGAAACAGAAACUGUCGUGAAACCGUCUGAAAAAACAACCGAAGAGUCUGAAGAUGAUUUAUUGGUGGAAUUAAAAGCUCCACUUCGAUUCACAAAGCCAUCAAAUCCCAAUCAAUUACCAACACCUAUCGUAAAGAAUCAAAAAAUUGCUUCUGCUUUCACUAACACUUUAGAGGAUUAUCAAAGAACCGUUGCGAGACAAAAGCAAAAUCUUCUUCCACAAGAACGUGAUAAAAGUGAAGUGAAUGAGCGAUUACAAGUACCUCAAAUGAAAGAGCCACGAUCGCUUCCACAUCGUCCUCGAACUGUCGCUGAGAAACGAAAAUUACUCCACGACACUAAUUUGAAAUAUUUGAUGGUGGAGCAAGAAGGAAAAAUUUUCAAACAAGUGCAAAGACACAAAAUGCAAAAUCCGAUUAAUUUCGCACUUCUCGACACAUUAUUGCAUGAAAAUGUUCCCAUUCAACGAGGAGCACAUAAAGUUCUUGCAUGGCUUCGAACACGUGAAGGGAAAUUCAUUCAACAAUAUAUGGAUGUUGAUGGAAACACUUUGAAACUUAAUGGAUCGAUUGGUAAUCACGAUGCGAAAUUUCUUCCCGAGCAAUCAUCAAAACCUUUUUCAAAACGACGAAAAACGAUGAUGAGAUCAACAAGAUGUUGUCGCGGUGGACGAAUAUCAAAGCAAACAUUUGAAUCUUUCGUGAAUAAUGAAAGCAUAAGAAAGUUUGUGAAAAAAGCCAAUUCAGAUCAUUUUUUGUCGUUUGAAAAGAAAUUUCUUGAUCACAAACUUCUUUCGAUUAAGCCUCGACCUUUAUCAAAGAAAAUUGAAUUCAUUAAUGAGAAUUUUAAAUUGAAUGACAACAAAGACGAAGACGAUUUGUUCCUCGGCAAUUAUUCACGUUUUGAUUUACCAAAUAUUUUAAUGAAAGUCACUGUCGAGACAAGAAAAGCACUCGAUCAAAAUUGUAAAAUGUACCUGAGAGAAAUUUUACCUUACAAAGAUCUUGACGAGAAUUGGUGCGAGUUUGCACUCAGCACUUUAGUCGAGAAAGAACGCGAGAAGAAUGGAAAAGAAAAAGAUUUUGAAUUUAAAAUUCCUUACGAAAAUAAUAAGCAAAAUAUUAUUGUUCGUGAGAUUUCAAAAUCGAAAGAUAAUCGGGAUAAGUUUUUAACAUCAUAUGAUGACGACAGUAACGAAGACAGCAGUGACGAUGACAUGGAAUGGACAUUUGCAAAAGAUGUUGAUAAAAAUGAUUUACUUGAAUGUGAAAUUGUUGAUAUUAUUAAAGAUUUGACGAACAGCGUCUUCUUAAACGUUAAUGACGAUUUAUUUACACAAAUCGAUCCUCACGAUUCUCGUGUGAUAUCAGAAAGCAGUCCAAUUAAAUCAAAAGAAGCAGUUGACGAACUUUCUUCACUUCCAAAAACAACAAAAGAUUCCAAGUCGAGACGAAUGAUGAGUGAGCUGAAGAAAUUAAAUGCAAACAUUUAUAAAUCCGACACAGUAAAUGUUGAAGAUGAACAAGAUAUUCGUCGACAUGCAACAGCACAUUUAGGGAAGAUUGAACGUGAACUUCGUCCGACAGUGAUCGUAACUGAAUCCAAUACAGUUUUAUUAGGAAACCAAGAUAAAGACUCAAGAAGAAUUAAAAGAGUACCGAAGAAGUUUGCUGAUUAUUUGAAACCAACAUGGUCAGCAUUGAGUGAUGCCGAAGAUGAACCGUUAAAUAAGAAAAUGAAAUUUAAUAAUGACGAAACAAAUUAUGAAAAUUUAUCUCAUUCACAUUUGAAAGAAGUUCGUGAUGAAGUUAAGAAAAUUAUUCAUUGUUGUGUUGAUCUUCGUCGUUUACAUCGUUUAGAAGACGUGAGUGUUUGGUGUCUUGUUCAUAAAUUAUAUAAAUGUGAUUGUAAGAGAUUUGCUCCAAUUCCUUCGCAAUCAUUUCCAACGAGAAUUUCAAAUCCUCAACAAUCGCAACCAACGACUCUUCUUAAAACGACAGCGCAGUUAGCUUUAAGAAUGAGCCAAACCAAGCCGAAAAUUAAUAUCGCUUCAACGAAAGCGAUUUUAAUAGAAGAAUCGAGUGACGACGAUGAAAAUGAAAAUUAUUCCGACAAUGAAACAUCGCGUCGUGUUAUGCCGGUUAAAAUAAAGAUGGGAAAAGAGAAUAAAAAUUCAAAUGCGUCUGCAUUCUUUAGCAAUGUCGAUGGCAUACCGAAGUUGGAGAUAACAAAUCUUAUUGACUUGAUAAAUGGUGGAAUUGGACCAAUUUUUAUUAAUGUUUAUGAUUGUAAAACAAUGAGGUUAAAUCCGAUCACAAGAUCAAUUCUCAACAAUAAAAGUGCUUUAAUCUACUCCAAUCAAAGUGCUUACUUUAUUGAUAAGACUCGUGUUGAUUUAAAGAAAUUGGAUUUCUCACAAUUUGAGGAAGAACUUGAUCAUCCGAUAUUUAUUCUGCAAUCAAAGGACACCAUUCCGUUACCAGUUUCAUCAACCAUGAGUGCAAAUUUCUUUAAAAUUAUUUUCAAUAAGGAUUCAGAAAGUUGCAUUCAAGUUACAGAACGUGGUGCAUUAAAUGAGAUCAGUGGAAUUAUUGAUUCAAUCCUUCGUAAUGUGAGAAAGAAGAUUGAAAUGCAAAUUGGAGAUGAAACGAAUGAUUUGAUAAAAGAACAAAUUUCGAGGUUAUCAAGAGAAUCGUCGAGAUCCAGAUCAACUUCAUUGUCAUUUUCAUCAUCAAAUUCAUCGCCAUUGCACUUUCAAGGGAAGCAAUUAAUUGAAGCUCCGCCACCAGGAAUAAAGACACCACUAAUGGAAGAAUUCAAUAAAAUAUUUUCAAUGCGAAUGCAACGUUUGGUGUCACUCGUAAGUUCGAAUACUUUAGGCCUCCGUCCAUCAUUUGAGAUGCUCAACAAGUUUUAUCUUUACCAAUGGAAACUUCUAUUGAAAUCUUAUGAAGAAGAAUUAGUACAAAUUUGGUUAGUAACACUUGAGAGUGAACAAGACAAAAAAUAUCAGCUCAUGGUGUUGACACACACAAACGUGAAGCCAGAAAUUGAACAUGCAAGAAGAGAAAACAUUGUGAAUAUUCGAAAGCUUAAUAUAUCUGAUAAGAUCCCAGAACUUGCUCGUUUAAUCAUCUUACGAGUAGAGAAAAAAUGUAUCAACAACAUGACAAUUCUUUUCUAUGGAUGUAAAGGAUAUUUGAGAAUGUGCGGAAUGUUGAACAGCAAGGAAGAUUACACGAAAUCUUUCAUUGCAAAACCGACGAAAUUGACCCAUCCGAGAGUUACUGCGAAGAUUCAGAAGAUUUACAACAUUUGGUAUCAGUCGAUGAUGAAAAAAAAAUCGGAAAAUGAGAAAGAAAAAGAAAAUCAGGAAGAAAAAGUUGUUGAAAAGAACAAACCUGUGACGCCACAACAAAAUCAAUCACUUCCUGUGAAUCCAACAAGAUUCCUUCCAAUGAUGAGAAAAAUGAGUGGAAACAACGCAACACAUUCGGAGUACAAAUGGUUUCUUUUCAACAUCAGUGACGACUUCUCUGACAUUUUCAUCAAGAGUUGGCGUCGUUAUUUGUCCUAUCGUGUGAUUAUGGAAGCGAUUGAGAAAGCAAAGCAGCGCAAACGUGCCAUUCAAUUAAGACCUUCGAUGCAGGUUAGUAAAUGGCCAAAAAUUUACGCACUUCCAGCUGCACCAUUAAGCUUCAAAGAACACGAAUCCAUGACGGAGAACUUUUUGAUUUUCGGUCCUUAUUUGCGCCAUUCAAAUUCAAAUCUAUUGUUGAUGCAAAAUGUUGAUGGAAAGUUGAUGUUGCGUGAUGAAUAUGAAAAGCAUAACAAAAUCAAGCGAACAUCGAGAACGCGAUGUCUUUGGAUAUAUGCAAACACUUUAAAAUGCAUUAAUGAUGCUGAUCCACUUCCACUUCGUCUGGUUUGGGGUAAACAUGGAGUUGAUCAUCACUCAGUUGAAGACAACACGGUAAGAACAAUUAAACAAGAAAAUGAUUCGGAAUCGUCAUAAUUAAUUUAAAACUCACUUUUUGCCAAGUUUUUCGCCAUCACAAAAUUUCGUUUUGUUCUCAAAAUUUUUGUUAAUUAUGUUAAACUGUACAAUUAUUUAGUUUUUAAAUAAAGAAGUUAAAACGAUAUUAAAA